ACGAGGCUCGCGGUCGCCAGGUUGGGGGCAGCUCAGAGGCGCGAUGAGGGCGAGCGAGGCGGUGCACGCCGACGAGGAGGACGCGCGCGCUAGGGCUCGCACAGCGGUGGUCAGAACUGUCGGUGCAGAGCUCUGAGAGAGACUGCGCGCUCUCACGGCCAGCCUCGAGGGCGGGACAUCGAGGAGGGACGGCACACCGCCGGGCGACGGUCGACUCGCGGAACGGCGCGACACAGCCCCAGGUCGCCCAGCCGCUGCGUCCAAAGCCUCGAGCGCUCGAUGGACGACCCGCUGGAGGCGCGGCAGCCGUCGGCGUUUGUCCCUCGGCGACGGGCAAUCCUCUCGACACUGCGACGAGCUGACCUCGGUUCCCUCUCGCGCAGAUGCCGUCCGCGCUCGACGAUCGACUCAAGGCGACCCUCGACUCGCGCAAGUCGAGGCAGAUGCUGCGCCAGCUCGACCCUGCACCGCCCGCCAGCUCCAACCUCGUCGACUUCUCGUCGAACGACUACCUGUCGUUCGCUCGGUCGCCCGUCCUCCGACGCAAGCUCGUCGACGCUCUCGCGACCGUCGACGAUGGUACUGCAACGCCGCUGUACGGCCCGCCGUCUUCGCGCCUCCUCGACGGCAAUACGCCCCUCCACGCUUCGCUCGAGCGACGCCUCGCCGCCUUCUUCGACGCGCCGGCCGCGCUCGUGUUCAACUCAGGCUUCGACGCCAACGUCGGCCUGUGGACGUGCCUGCCGGCCCCGGACGACUGGAUCGUCUACGACGAGCUCGUGCACGCGAGCAUGCACGAUGGCAUGCGCGCGAGCCGCGUCCCGAGCGAGCGCCGGCGCGCGUUCCGGCACAACCGCGUCGAGUCACUCGAGCGGGUCCUCGAGGGCAUCGCUGCGCGGGACGAGGGCGUGCGGGCAGGCGAGAGGAGCGUGUGGGUCGGCGUCGAGUCGCUGUACUCGAUGGACGGCGACCUGGCCCCGCUGCGCGAGAUGGUCGACGCGAUCGACCGAGUACUUCCUCGAGGGAACGUGCACCUGGUGGUCGACGAGGCGCACUCGUCCGGGCUGUACGGCGUGCGAGGGCGAGGGCUCGUCGCGGCGCUCGGUCUCGAGCAUCGAGUGACAGUGCGGGUCCACACGUUCGGCAAGGCGAUGGCCUGCAGCGGCGCUGUCGUCCUCGCCUCGCCCUUGAUCCGCGACUACCUGAUCAACUACGCACGCCCGCUCAUCUACUCGACCGUCAUGACGCACCUGAGCGCGCUCGCCGUCGUCAAGUCGCUCGAGAUGCUCGAGCAAGGUCACAGCGAGGCGCCCGCCGCGCACGUCCACACGCUCGCGCUCCGCCUCUUCUCGCGGCUCUCGAGCCUCCUCCCCAGCACCUCGUCCGUCUCCUUGCCGCCGCACCUCGUCGCCAUCGUCACGUCGCCUUUGACUCGCGUCACACCUCAUCCGCCCACGUCGCCCAUCAUCCCGCUCCUCACCUCGUCCCCUCGCCCUCUCGCCGCCUUCCUCCGGACUCGCGGCUUCCUCUCGCGCCCAAUCACGCACCCGACGGUGCCGCACGGCGAGGAGCGCGUCCGAGUGUGCCUGCAUGCGGGCAACACGGUGCGCGAGGUCGACGGCCUGUGCGACGCCGUCGCAGAGUGGGCCCGCGAGGAGGACAACCGGAAGAGCAGGACGACGGGCGGCGAGCGGCGGCGGGAGCAGCUGCAGGCCAAGCUGUAGAUGGCGCAGGCGCUGAGAAUGCAGCGCCGUUGAGCUCGCG